AUGGAGGGCCUCAGAUGGUCAUGGCACUCAUGGCCUGCUACCAAGCCGGAAGUUGCAUCACUAGUCAUCCCACUGUCCAUCAUGUGCACCCCCUUAAUGCCAUUCAUUGAGCUUCCGAUUCUGCCUUACGAUCCUUUGAGUUGUUCCCAAUGCCUCGCAGUUUUGAAUCCGUAUUCCCGGGUCGAUUACACUGCGAAAAUCUGGGAUGUCCGUUUUGCUAUGGGAAGAACCGGUUCCCUGAAUCCCUUGGGUUUGAGUUCUGGUCUGAGCUCUGCUCCAAGCAUGAAUGGGGCAUUGGGUUUGAGGUCUAACAGUAGUUCAUUUACAUCAAUGUCAGCAUAUUUUGGUUCAAGUUCGGGUUCGGAUUGGGCAGGGGCUGGGUUAGUGGUGGGGCCUGCAAUAGUGUUUGUUGUGGAUGCUUGUACACCAGAAGACGAGCUGGGACUGCUGAAGAGUGAAUUGUUGCAUGUGAUCACUCGAUUACCAGAGAAUGCCUUGGUUGGUCUGGUUGUUUUUGACUCUAUGGUGAGGGUGUAUGACUUGGGGUUCGCCGAGUGUUUGAGGGUUGAGCUUUUUCAUGGUGAGCGUGAGGUUUCAACGGAACAGACGAAGCAGCACAUGAUACAAUCCCAUGGAAAGUCAUCAACUGUUCAAAGAAAGGACUUUCUCUUGCCAGUGUCAAAAUGUGAGUUCAACAUAACUUCUGCAAUUGAAGAUAUCCGUUCUUCACCGCAGGUCAUGCAAGGACACCGACCUCUACGGUCUACCGGUGUUGCAAUAUCAGUGGCUGUAGGACUUCUAGAAGGAUGCUCGGUGAAUACUGGUUCUCGUGUCAUGGUCUUCACAUCAGGACCUGCAACAAUCGGCCCAGGGAUCAUUGUCAAUUCUGAUCUUGGCAAUGCCAUCAGAACUCACCGAGACCUUAGUAAUGGUUAUGCAGCUUAUUAUAGAAAAUCCAGUGAAUUCUACGAGCAAAUAUCUCUGAGAUUAUCUGAUUCAUCCAUCAUUCUUGAUCUCUUUGCCUGCUCUCUGGAUCAGGUUGGAGCAGCAGAACUAAAGGUCCCAGUUGAAAGUUCAGGUGGUUUCAUGAUGUUAGGGGAAUCAUUUGGGUCGGAGCAAUUUAGAAAGUGCCUGCGUCAAAUGUUUGAUCGCGAUGAUUUUGGAAAUUUAAAGAUAUGUUUUGAUGCAACUAUAGAGAUAGUAACGACAAAAGAUGUGAAGAUUUGUGGGGCCGUUGGUCCCUGUACUUCUAUGCGGAAGAUGAAUAAUUCAGUAAGCAACAAAGAGAUUGGUGAGGGUGGUACUUACAUUUGGAAACUGGGGACAGUUGCUAGCAAAACAUGCAUUGCUUUCUUCUUUGAAAUGGGUGAUGAACAAAAUGGUGACAAUGUUUCACGAAGGUGGGCUGGGAAGCAUUCACCUGAAAUUGCUGCCGGCUGUGAUCAGGAAGUAGCAGCUUCAGUUAUGGCUAGGCUUGCCAUCCACAGGACAGAGAGAAAUUAUGCACAUGAUGUCGUAAGAUGGUUGGAGAAGAUGUUAAUUCGUUUUGCAUCUAAAUUUGGGGAUUACAUGCCAGAAGACCCGUCUUCCUUCCGUCUUUCGUCAAACUUCUCCUUGUACCCACAAUUUUUGUACUAUUUGAGGAGGUCACAGUUUAUUGAUGUCUUCAACAGCACUCCAGACGAGACAGCUUAUUUCCGUAUGAUGUUAAAUCGCGAGGGAGUGGUUAAUUCUCUUAUCAUGGUCCAGCCUACCCUUUUCCAGUAUUCAUUCGAUGGACCCCCAAUCCCAGUACUCCUGGACGUAUGCUCCAUAUCUCCCGAUGUAAUUUUGCUUUUUGAUUCCUUCUUUUACGUUGUCAUUCACUAUGGUUCUAAGAUUGCACAGUGGAGAAAGCUCGGUUAUGACAAGGACCCAAACCACGAGAAUUUCAGGAAACUUCUAGAAGCUCCCGAGCUUGAUGCUGAGCACCUGGUAGCUGAAAGGGUUCCUGUCCCAAAACUUAUCAAAUGUGACCAGCAUAGUAGCCAGACACGGUUUCUUCUUGCCAAGUUAAAUCCAUCCGUUACUCAGAACUCAACGUAUACAGAAGGUUCGGAAAUUAUAUUUACUGACGAUGUGAACCUGCAAGUAUUCAUUGAGCACUUGCAAGAAUUGGCAGUUCAAGUUGCUUCGUUUCUUGGCUUUGAGUUGCCUGCUGGUGUAAUUGGUAUUCAUAACACGGAUUUUGGAGUAGGAAGAGUUAAGGAACUGACCGAAUACAUGAUAAUUUGGAGUGGACAAGGUGAGGAAGAGGCUAAAUUUGUGGGGGAAGGGGGCAAGCUGGCAGGGGAGAGGAGUCGGGGGCAUCGGAAGAAUUCAUGA